AUGGAGGGUAAUGUCAGUAUCUACAAUUUGCUAGCCUUCUGUCUUUAUGUUCCCUUGUUCUGAGGCAGCGCUGGUAUUUCAUUCUAAUAAUACGUCAACCCUCGUUUUGCCUCAGCGGAACACAUCACUGAAGACGAGCUGGCAGAAUUUUUCACCACACUGGUAGGACUGAAUCCAAAGAGGGGGAGAUCCGAGCUGGAAGCCUUUGAAUGUGAUGGUAUGUAUCACCAUGUUGAGCUCAGAGUAGUGUCUAAAAAUGUGAUAAUGAGACUGAGACUACACAGCUUUGAUAGUCAACCAUUAAAAGUGUGUCUGUGUCUGUGUUGGACAGAUUCAGAAGACAUGUCGGAGUAUGAGGUCUCGGAGGAGAUUUCCAUGGAAACAUUUUCAAAUGAUUUCCUGGAGAUUGUUCCCUCCUCCCAAGAGGGAAUGUUGUCCCCCUCG